UUGAAAUUAGAAACCAAAACAAAAUGGUUUAUAAAUUAACUGUUGCUGACUCUAUGCAAAUAAAUUAAUAGCUAAGUAAAAAGAGGAAAAUGAAAACGAGGAAAACAAAACAAACAUCUAUAUUCUUUGGUAACUGACACUAACAGAGGUGAAAGAAACAGCAAUUUUGGUGUCUGCAUUGAAAAGCUACACAUUGGAACUCGGAUAUUUUACUAAAUAAAUAACGUGCUUGUAAUAAACAUUUUAAACUCAUUACAUUCCAGGCUACUCUACUAAAUUAGCAAACAUACCAGAUAUUUUGGGUGCGAAGAUGAUCCAACAAACGUAGUUUUGCUACCUGUCCAUAGGCUCUGACAAACACAAUACAAGCAAACAAGGCAGUCUCUAUAUGAGCCAACAAAGGAACAUCCUGGCGAGCAUUCAUCCUUCUUGCAAUAACCGCCAAUUUUUUUCUAAAAGUCACAUCCCUAUUUUUAAAUGGACACGACAGAGAUACUGUAAUGUUGGAACCCUAAAAUAAGAAAAUACAUGUUGUUCCAGAAGAGUACACACAUUUUGUAUCUUAAAUGCUUACAACAACCAAGAAACAAGAAAAUAACUUCGGAUUAGUUUCUCGCUCGGUUUUUUUUAUUUCCUCCUUCCUUCAAAAAAUCUUUUUCGAUUCAGUCAAAGUAACACUCAUAAACAACAACAACAACAACAGCAGCAGCAGCAGCACCACCACCACCACCACCAAUAAGUAGGAGUACCAAGAACAGCUGUUUACCAAGGUCUACAAGAAGACAUCAACUGAGAGAUCGAGAAAGACAACUGCAACAGAAACACAGAGCCAUAACAGCAUCAGAAGCAACUACUACUGCAACAACUAUAAACAUAACAAUUGACAGAAUAUCUGUAAGAAUUACAGUAAUGACUCUUGAUGUAUGAAUAGCAACAAGGCUACCAGUGAAACAGAAGUAGCACUAACAUUACGACUGCUACAACAGCCAUACCAACUGCACUAUCACUAACAACAAAAGCAGCAGCAGUAGCAGCAGCAGCAGCAGCAGCAGCAGCAAAAAGAACAACAACAUCAACAACAAUAUUAUCAUAAUGUCGUAUUCUGAGGUAUCCCGGAUUAUUGAAUUACAAGAGGAACAAGCUCAAACCAAUAUUCGUUUAUCCAAUGUAGAAGCAAAGCUUGAUCAAGUUCUUCAACGUCUUAACCCUAUUCAACAAGUUCGACUGACGGCAUUAGAGGGUAAGUUAGACCGUGUUUUAAUACACUUGAGCCCUAUCCAGCAGCUCCGCCUCUCUUCUCUGGAAUCUAAGUUAGACCAAGUUUUCCGACAUAUCGUUAGACAAAGUAUUGAUCGAGUGCAAUAUCGAAGAGAUUCAAUCACAGACUCAAUAUGUACUGACGCUACUACAUCAACGAGUAGAACUAUUCAGCAAAGUAGUAGCCAGCUUUCAACAGGGACCAACAGAACUCCGAUAAAAUCUCGAACCACUUGCUAUGAUCGUUCAGCCGUUAAUCAAAUAAAAUAUGAAUGGCUGUUAAGCAACCAAACAAAUUCUCCUCCAGUCACUGCUCGUCUGGACUCGCGGCCAUCAACACCGAUUGAGUCAUCGAAUAUUCAGGCACAAGAAGAGAGCCAAACCGGGCACAACAGUAUGGCAUUGUACAGCUCGGAAACCAGUCAACCCAACUCUCCUUCUCCGAGUCAUGGCAGUCGGCCUUCGUCAAGUUUGUCAGUUCAGUUUUGCCAAAAGUCGAGUCUUAACCGAAAUCAGACAAUUCAUUACGGUUCAUCUGUUCAGCAUGGAAGUGGCCAGGGAUCCCCACAAACCCAGGAGAAAGUAGGGCAUCAGUUCUCCAAUAUCCAAACUUUAUCAACGUAUGUAAAGCAAAAAUUAGAUUCCAGAUAUUUGUCUGGUCGUGACCGACAAGAGCUUCGUAUUUUACUUCAGCUUUCACACUUUGAAAAUGUGUUAAGCAAUGCUUUGAGAAAAGAUGUCUUGAACAGAUUACAAAUGUUUAGCGCAGUGGUAACGCAUGGAUGGUCAGCUGCUUCGAGGAUCUCUGCAAGGCAGUCAAUCAUACUUCAGGAUAUGACUAGACGUAUGCAAGAAAUUCAAGUAUCCCGUGGAAGUAACCGAUUUAAAAUAUCACGUUUUCAUAAACUUGCUCCGAAAUCAUCUAGAAAGAAAAAAGCUUGAGAAUUAUAACAUCGACAUUGUCAUUAAGCAUUGUUUACACGCCGGGGCUUGACUGAAAUUGUGUGAAAUGUGUGAAAUUAUUCUAAAUGGUAAAUAAGUGUGGGAAAACUUGAAGAAGAAAACCACAGCGUAUGAACAAUAAAUUCAGUAGGCCAUCAGUAAAAACAAACCAUCCCAGUUUAUCAAGAAAAUAAGGUUGAAACCGUCAAUAGGGAUGGCUACUAGUAAUUUCCUUUGCUGGAAUGUACAACCAUUAUAUUACAGAGCUGUCUAUAUGAACGGUUGUUAUCAUUUCCGUUACUGGAAUGUGCAACCUAUGAUAUUACAAAAAAUAGAGGAAAUCACUAUCAUGUUGAUUUAAAUAAAGCGUAGUUGCUUCCAACCAGGAAUUUAAACAUUGCUGAUCAUUCAGUUUAUUGAGCCCUUUGAUGUCUCAGUGUUAUUCCUCAUAAAAAGAUAAUAAUUUCUUAACAACACAUUCCACAACAAUAUUUAUUGUUUAUUAUACAAAAGGAAACAAUAAAGAGGAAGGCAUUCCAAACACAGACGAACAAAACAAAGAAAAAUAAAAUUAACUGGUAAAUAGGCAAUAUAAACGUACAGUGGUACCCAUACACGUGUACACGUACACGCAACACAGAUUAUUAUUAUUAUUAUUAUUUUAUGUAUUUUGUAUUGUUCAUAUGAUCUUCUAGAAUGUUUCCCCUUUAUG